UAUAUUUUGGUGGCGUGUUUUUUUUGGAGCUGGUGGCGUCUAACGAUGAAAUUUAGAGAUUUUAUCUUAGAACGUGCAAAGAAAUUAGAAGAGAAACAAAACGUGCCUGAGAAAUCAUCAGAAAAUGCUUCCUGCCAUGAGAAUCUCGAUAGGAUCGGCAGUAAUUACCGUGUUAUACCUAAAUUCUAUCAUUCCACCCCCCGUCCCGUUGAGAGCUUGAUGUACAAGCUUCGAGAACAUGUGAGAACGGUAUUCCUGAAGAAAAGGAGCGAAGAACUGCUCAAUAACAACGAUCUCAAGACCUUCUGGAUGAUCCUUGAGAAUCAAUUCUCCCGCCGAAGUCACAGUGGUGAGCUGUACAUCACAUUCAGUGACUACAUCAAUCUCAGUCGUACCCUAAAGCCCAUCUAUCGAAGGAUGCUGACAGUGCUGGCUUUUGCGCGUCUUCAGUCCAUUUCGAGCCUUCCAGGCAAGAUCAGUGUCAUCUCUCUCUUCAACUAUGUCAUGCGGAAAGUCUGGAUUCAGCAGACACGGAUCUCACUGUCCCUCUACGACCAGAAUGGACUUGGCUACCUAAGAGAAUCCGACCUGGAAAGCUACAUUCUCGAACUAAUCCCAACUCUGCUGCAACUCAAGGGUCUCGAAAAGACCUUCUACAGCUUCUACGUCUGCACAGCAGUGAGAAAAUUCUUCUUCUUCCUAGACCCAGCAAGAACAGGAAAAAUUCGUGUCCGGGAUAUUCUCUCUCAUUCCUUCCUGGACGAAUUAAUGGAACUGCGAGAUGAUGAGAGUCCCAAAGACUCCCAAGAACUCAAUUGGUUCUCUGCCCCAUCAGCCCUCAGUGUCUAUGGACACUAUCUGAACCUGGACAAAGAUCACAAUGGAAUGCUCAGCAAGUCAGAACUCAUGGGCUAUGGUUCCGGGACGCUAACUUCGGUUUUCCUCGAUCGCCUGUUCAGUGAGUGCCUGACCUACGAGGGUGAGAUGGACUACAAGACAUACCUGGACUUUGUCCUGGCCAUGGAGAAUCGUACAGAGAUCCAGAGUCAGCAGUACAUUUUUCGCCUCUUGGACCUUCAUCAACGUGGUUACCUCACUCCAGCCGAUCUUAAAUACUUCUUCAAGGGCAUUGAGGAGCAAAUGGCAGCCCAUUGUGUCCAAACGGUUAACUUUGAUGACCUGAAAGAUGAGAUUUUUGAUAUGGUAAAGCCUGAAGAUCCAUGCAGAAUCACUUUUGCAGACAUUGCAAGAUGUGGCCAGGGACCUACAAUGAUGUCUAUACUCAUAGAAUUCCACAAGUUCUGGAAUUACGAGAAUCGCGAGGGAGUCGGAAUUGAAAUGUCCGGCGACGAUAAAUACUUGCAGUAGCAGAAAUUAAUGGAAAAAAGGAGUGUCAGAAGUGGGAUUCGAACCCACGCCCACAGAAGUGGACUGCGACCUGAACGCAGCGCCUUAGACCACUCGGCCAUCCUGACUUGAGGGGCGAGGGUGCAAACAACUGUCGCCCGAUGUUAAGGCUUUUUUAAACUUAUAAAGAUCUUGGGGUCUGGAUGGGGUCAAUGAUUCCCAUAUUGUAAGUGAUUUAAGCUAAGUAGUCGACAAUUAACCCUUCAAUGCCUUUUAUUUUAUUACGAAAAUGUUGUAAUUAUUUUUUUCUUCACAAAAAGAUGAUAAGAAAUUAUCAAAAAAAUUAUGAAGAGCAAGUGACUGCUCGAAGAAUUAUAUUAAGAUUAUUUGGUGGGAUAAUAACAGUUCUGUUAUCGUUUUAACCCUUUAAGGACGAUUGGAACACCGGUGUCCCAUAAAGAAAAUAAUUUUUCCUGACUACCUAAAUUUAUUUUUUUUUCUUAUGUUUGUACGUAAUUACAAAGUAGAAGGUUGAACGAAUCUAGGAUAUUUUUUGCUAGUCGCCAGCUAUUUUAUAUAUAGUAAAUAUUUAAGCUUAACUCAUUUAGUCAAUGUACCAGAAAUACUUGAGAUUCGUAUUUUGGGAUUAAGUUUCCUAUAGAUUAAUAGAUGAUUUUUUUAAAAAGAAAAAAUUUUUUAUCCAUUAUGGUGACGCGGGGAGCCGCCCUCAAACACGCGUCUUAACGGUCACUGAAUUUAAAUUCUGUACAUUAAUUCAUUACAAACUCUAUUGAUUUAGAUAGAGUAACUAUCCAAGAAAACACAUUGGCAACCAGAAUUCAAAUCAAGAAAGAGGAUGAAGGCCGAUUUUAACAAAUUCGACGGGAUGUCGAAUUUUCCGUCCGCCAUUUUGAGUAAAAUUUUUGCAUGACUUCACACGAAGCGAGAAAAGAACAACAAAAUGUGUUCCCAUCUCUGUCAGGCUAUUUUUUCCAAGUAAUUGAAGAACUAGUAACUAAAAAUCCAUUUCCGACAUAAAUUCGAAUAUUAAUUUCCCUGGAAUAAAUCAUCUAAAAUCACUCAAUUUGCGUAUGAUGUAUAAUACGAUGGUAAGGAAUGGGUUAAAAUAGCGAAUUUUUAAAUUGUCCUAUUGAAAAAUGAUUUUAAUUAUUUUUUAUACAGUACACUCUCUCAAAUUCGGGCAUUUGGGACCGAAAUGUCACCCGAAUUAGAGAGAAAUUCGGGCGUCAAACUGUUUGAAAUGCAACGAUUUUUUGUUCAUCUGCAUUUACAUAUUAAAGUUUACAUGCUUAAUUUACUGCAAAUUUUAUUAAAACCCCUCAAUAAUGCAAAAUCACAUCAUAACUAAGAUAAACCAUAGCCAAUUUGAGGAUAUUUGCGUCAUUCGAUAAGCAUAAUCAAACUUGAAAAAUAUCAACAAACCUUUUUUGAAUUUAACUGCUACCCGAAUUAAAAAAGAGACCGAUCUGAAAAGAGCCGAAUUAGCGAGAGUCUACUGUACUUCCAAUUUUUUUUUAAGCAAAACCCUUUUGGGAAUAAAAACUACAUUACUCAUAGGUAAUAUUUUUCAUUAGGCUGAAAAUUAUUAUUCAUUGGUAUUCUCAGAAAAAAUACUUAAAGUUUUGGGCUUCAUUGAUUUUGUUUAUUGGUUAAAUUUUUAUAGUUGAUUUUCGGUCCGUAAAAAGUGUCUCGUCGUUAAAGGGUUAAUUCAUUUGAGACGAGUUAUUUUAAAAGAGGUUAUUAAAAUAAUGAAAGAAAAGUACAAAAAUAGUAAAAAGUGUAAAUUCGACUUCUUUAGAAAGAUAUUGGCAAUUUUAGCCUGGAGAAAAUAAUAAUAUAAUCGUUUAUUUUUCAUUUGCGUCCACCGCCGUCUUAUUUAUGUUGAUCUAACUGCAAAAUAAAAUAAUAUGAAAAGCUC